AUGCCUCCUCCGAAAACCCCUCCCCAACCUCCCCCCUCAUUCUCAACCACACCCUCCGCAAUUCUCGCCCAAACAAGUUCCCUCAUCGCCUCCACCACCGCUCUCGAAGACUCCCUCGUCUCUUCACUCACACCUUCAACGGCGAAUUUCUCAACACUCAUUAAGCCUAUGCUUAAAGAUGACCACGCUGUGUCUAAGGAAACGCUCAUCAUUCGCCUCUUUAGCUCUAACUCUGAAGACAAAGAGCUACGUGAUGCUUCCCGUACGGCAGAAGAGAUGCUCCUCAAGGCAAAUGCGACAGGUCUUAUGCGCAAAGAUAUCGCAGCUCUUGUGAAAGCUGUGUAUGAGAAGGAUCAACGUGGCGAAGAGGUGCUGCAUGAUGAGAAUGCGUAUACGCUCUUCAAAACACACAGAGCUUAUCAGAAUACGGGCGCUGGGAUUGAAGAUGAGGCGUUGAGAGAGCAGUACAUGGCCGCCGUGCAAGAGCGAAAUGAAGUCCUCGUCGCAGCCCGCAAACUCAUCAGCGAAUCAGACGAGGGCAUCUUCUUCACGCGCUCCCAACUUCAUGGUGUGCCGUCCUCCAUCCUCGACGCCAUGAAGCCUAGCGAGGACGGCACCCAGCUCAGAGCAACCUUCAAGAAGGGCCACCUAAUCUCCAUAAUGAAACACGCGACCAGUCCUCAAACACGCAAGACAUAUCACAUCGCAAAGGAGAGCCGCUUCCCCGAGAACGUCACCCGGCUUGAGCGCGCCGUCGAGCUGCGCAAUAGUACAGCGCGAAUGCUUGGGUUCAAGACCCAUGCUGAGCUUAAAAUGGAGGAUAAGAUGGCUAAGAGCGUGGAAAGUGUGAUCUCGAUGUUAAAUAAGCUGAGGACGGAGUUGAAGCCUCUUGCAGAUGAAGAGAUGAAGACUCUGUUCGAGAUCAAGAAGGCUUACAUACAAGAGCACGGCACUGAUGAAGAUGAGGAUGACACGAAGAGGCUCAAUGCAUGGGACUGGGCGUUUUAUUCGCGGAUCCUCGAGAAGGAGAGAUACUCUGUGGAUUCGCUUCUCAUAUCGGAGUACUUUGAAGUUAACUAUAGUCUUAAGGGCAUGCUUCAAAUCUUCGAAGAGAUAUUCGGCAUGGUCUUCAUUCCGACUGACGCACCAGUGUGGCAGAAGGAUGUUAAUGUCUACGAAGCGUGGAACUCCGGGGACCAAGGUGGUGAGUUCCUUGGAUAUCUCUACCUUGAUCUCUACGCACGAGAGGGUAAAUACGCCGGCGCACAUAGCUCUCUCAUCCAACCCGGUUUCUUAACAUCAGAUAACAAACGUCACCACCCUUCAUCAUCCCUCAUAACAUCUCUUCUUCACACUCCCCAGCGCCCAACCCUCCUCUUACAUUCCGAGCUCAAAACCAUGUUCCACGAGCUCGGCCACGCCAUCCACAAACUCGUGACCCGCACCCAGAACCAACACGGCUGCUCGCGAGACUUCGUUGAGAUCCCCAGCAUCCUCCUCGAGAACUGGAUAUGGGUCCCCUCCGUGCUCCGCCGACUCGGCAAGCACUACAGCUAUCUAAGCGACGAGUAUCUCGACUUUUGGAAGACACAGAAGGAAGAUGCAGCGCAAAGGCCAGAGGAGUCAUUGCCAGAGCGGUUGACGCUUGAUCUUGCAAAGACAAAGCACGUCAAUGGUGCGCAUGCGAUGCUUCAUCAGGUGUUCCUAGCGCUAUUUGAUCUCACGAUUCAUAAUGCCCCAGAGGGUCAUCCUGUAGAUACAACGAAGCUUUGGAACGAGAGCAAAACGGAGAUCAUGGGCCUCGGACGUGCGGAUUCAAUCGGUCAGGCUUCUUUUGCGCACCCAUUCCGGGGGUAUGAUACUGCAUAUUUCACAUACGCUCUAUCCAAGGUAUAUGCAACUGACUUGUGGGUUAACCACUUCAAACCAGACCCCAUGGACAAGGCAGUGGGUAUGCGAUAUCGCCACUCUGUCCUACAGCCAGGCGGGAGUCAGCCCGAACUGAACAGCCUCAGUGACUUCUUGGGCCGUGAACCCAGCGACAAAGCAUACUACUCAGAGGUCACGAGCACGCCAGGUUCCGAAACAACAUCAAAGGCGUUAGUCUUGUAA